AUGGUGACGUUGUCCAUAAAGUCCUCAAAGUUAUUCAGGGUUGACAUUUCUUAUCCAGAUGGCAAUAAAAUAGGGCCCACAUUAGUUAUUGAAACAAGUAGGCGUAAGCCAUUAAUUCUGGCGGAUCCAACAUCUCCAGGUAUCGUUCCAUCGACACCUGGUUUUAAAGCUCCAGUACCUUUACCUCGCACACAAAUACCAGCAAUAACCGCAGCAACAGAUGUAACUGGGUCGACGGUUAACCGAGUAACUGAAAUGGGUGAUGCACAAAAGUGUAUAUUUCCUGAAAUCAACGAGCAAUUACCUCUGAACGAAGUUCAUGUGAAGCAGAUGAAACAACGAGCAACAGAAGAUGCUCAAGGUACGCGAAGAUGUGAUUCAGCAACAAUGAAUAAUAAUAGUGGUAAAUAUGAUUUUGUGUGUCGGCUUGUUUCAAAGUUCAAAUUGAGCCGGCUUAUAGCUCUCGCAAUUCAGUCAACUGAACCAAUAAAAACAAAUCAUAUCAAAGACACUCCUGAACAUCUUAUAAAAAGUAUUUUAUAUCAUCGUCCAUCUGUACUGUACAACUAUCAACCAUCAACAUUUCAUCGUUAUAUUCUUCAACCACAAACAUCUGAUACAUUUCACUUUCUCAUGUUUCUGUUGAUGAAAACGAUUUCAUUAGUAUUAAUUGUUUUACAAAUACUGCUUAUGUAUUAUAUAAUGGAUAUUCAGUUCGGGCCACAAUCCCUUCAAAAACAAUUUCCAUUAACAGCAAAUUGUACCAUAUUUACACCUAGAACAGAAAUGAAAGAAAAGCAAAACCAGAAUAAUCAUGCUAUUGUACAGAAUAAUGUCCACAAUGAUAGCGUCGACUGGGAGUUGUUAUGGUGUUUUGGAAAACAAGCACGUCUUACAGAUUACCAAGAUACAUUUUGA